CCUUGCAGCCUGAUCCGGUUCGGUUCGGUUCUGCUGUCACAACAAACUGAUUGAAUUCAAGGAUUUCAAACUUGAAUCUUUAUGUUGAAUGAACUUUUCUAGAUGAUCAGUUUGACUUUGGCGGAUGGUUUUUUUGCGCAGGUUUGCGGUUUUGCGUUGCGGGACGGGCAAAGAGGGACAACAGGACGUUGUUGCAUCUGCUUCACGCAGGCAGGCGGAAUCAUUGCGUCAGUGGCGCACGCAGGGCAGGCUUGUGCGCUCGGCGGAUGAGUUAGAGGCGCAGAGGAGAGAGAGGAAAAAGUUUGUGCGGAUCGGAGCGGCGCGACGCGGCGGGACGACGCGUUUCCCUCAGACUUUAUCUGAAGAAGUUCGGCUGGAAGGUCUCCCACCCUCCUUCCGCCCCUAGCACCAUGGAGCUGCUCUGCCUCGAAAUGGACACCAGCAUACGAGCCCGUCCGGACCCGAACCUCCUGCGCGAUGACAGAGUUCUGCAGAGGCUGCUGACCAUCGAGGAGAGGUUCCUGCCGCAGUAUUCUUAUUUCAAAGGCGUCCAGAAAGACAUUCAGCCCUUCAUGAGGAGGAUGGUCGCUACUUGGAUGUUGGAGGUCUGCGAGGAGCAGAAGUGCGAGGAAGAAGUUUUUCCUCUGGCCAUGAACUACCUGGACAGAUUUUUAGCGAUGGUUCCGAUCAAGAAAUGCAACCUGCAGCUGCUGGGCGCAGUCUGCAUGUUCCUGGCCUCCAAGCUGAAGGAGACGCGGCCGUUAACGGCAGAGAAGCUCUGCAUCUACACAGAUAACUCCAUCAGGCCGCAGGAGCUGCUGGAAUGGGAGCUGGUGGUUUUGGGGAAGUUGAAGUGGAACUUGGCAGCGGUGACGCCGAACGAUUUCAUCGAUCACAUCGUGCGGAGGCUGCCGCUGGCCGACGACAAGCUGGUUCUGAUCCGGAAACACGUCCAGACUUUCAUCGCUCUCUGCGCCACAGAUUUCCGAUUCGCCAUGUAUCCCCCCUCCAUGAUCGCCACAGGAAGCGUGGGGGCGGCCAUCUGCGGCCUGCAGCUGGACUCGGCCGACCAAUCAGUGGGCGACAGCCUGACGGACCUGCUGGCCAAAAUCACCAACACAGAGGUGGACGUUCUGAAGGAGUGCCAGGAGCAGAUCAAGCGCGUCCUGGAGAGCAGCCUGCGCGAGGGCCGGCAGCAACAGCAGCAGACGCAGCGGGCCAGCGGGAAGGGCCUGGAGGAGCUGGACCAGGCCUCCACGCCCACAGACGUCCGCGACGUCAACUUGUGAAGCACCAGAGGGCGCCAUUGCACAGGAUUUCCAAGAAUCUUUUUUAAAAACACUUCCAAUCUUCAUAAAAGCAGAAAAAUAGAACAAAAGAGCAAAAAAUCAUUAAAAACACAAGGCCUUAAAGAAAUGCAAGGACAGUGCUGGCUAGUUUUGUAGUUGACCUUUUCUUCAAGUAAAACAAAAACAAAAAAAAAACACAAAAGCUCCUGCACAUGAAAUAGAUUUUGUCUGAAGCUCUCGUGCAAAAGCAACAAGCCUGAUGAAGCUGCAGUGCCUUGGAUGCAGAGAAGGGAAUCGUUCUGCCGCUGAAGCUGCAGACAGGACAAUUACAGAGAUCAUCCAUUUUCUAUUUUAUUUGCAAAGAUGAGUUUUUCAUCGUCUGCAGGCAGUGGGAGAAGAGGACGCGUCCUGCCAGAUCGUCCACCUCUGGAGGGACAGAACUGUGUCGAGCAGACGGUCCUGUUGCCAGGAAACCGCUGGAACAAUAACGGUUAUUAGUAAUAUUUAUAAUUAUUGAUACCAUCAGAAAUAUUUUGGAACUUCAUGAGCUCCUUUGGUUCAGGCUGCUUGUUUGCAUCGGUUUGAGGAAAGAGUGUGUGUGUGUGUGUGAGGGUGUGUGUGUGUGUGUGAGGGUGUGCAUGUGUGUGUGUGUGUGAGGGUGUGUGUGUGUGUGAGGGUGUGUGUGCAUGUGUGUGUGUGUGUGAGGGUGUGUGUGUGUGUGAGGGUGUGUGUGUGUGUGUGAGGGUGUGUGUGUGUGUGUGAGGGUGUGCAUGUGUGUGUGUGUGUGUGAGUGUGUGUGUGAGGGUGUGUGUGUGUGUGUGAGGGUGUGUGUGUGUGUGUGUG